AUGUAUGUGAAGUGCUUUGAUACAGUAAUGUUUUACUAUGUGAUUUUAGUGAAUUUAGUGAAUGUCACUUUUUCACAUUUUUAAAUUUCCCGCCGUUCCGUCCCCGUACAUCCUGACGUCGCAGGGAACGGAACCCAGAAGACGGAUGCUGGAAUCAUCCAGAGGACAUUGCCGGGGACACUGCAGGGGGGACAUCGCAGGAGCGCAGGACAAGGUAAGUGUAGAAAAGAUCCCAGAGCAGCACUGCAAGGUAUUCCCGAAUGUAGCUCGGGGUUACCGCUUGUGCUACACUCGGGAAUACCUCCAGGGAGGU